AUGCCAUUCAAUGGCCCGUCGGAUCAACGGGCGCUCCAUGCUGCUCUCAGUCCACGGAAGAAGGCACUGCUUAUUGGCAUCAAUUAUGAAGGCAAUACCCAGCUAUAUGGCCCACAGCAGGACGCAAAGAGCUUCGCCGAUCUUCUAAUACAGCACUUUGGAUAUGAUGCUAAGAACGUCGUGAUAAUGCUUGACCGACAGGAUGAAGAUAAGCAGAUGGUACCUACCGAGGCAAACGUGCUACGUGAACUUAACAACCUUGUCCAAGACGCACGACCUGGAGAUCACUUUGUAUUUUAUUACGCUGGGCAUGGCGGUCAAAUACCUUGCACGCACCUCCUCAAGGACGAGAAGGAUAGUAUAACAAGUUCUUGCUACUCUGAAGUUGAUGGCCAAGAUGAAGUAAUCAUUGCCGCAGAUGGCUUAUCCAUUUUGGAUAAUGUUUUGCGCGAAGUCCUUGUCGAUCGGCUGCCCCCUGGUGCCUCUUUGAAUGCAAUUUUUGAUGCCUGCCAUUCGGGGACCCUUCUUGACUUGGAUCAUAGUGAAUGCAAUCGUCGGCAGUUCGACAAGACGUACCGGUUCAGGCGCACUCCAGGUGGGACUCCGCGAACAUCGCCAGUUACAAGCACGGUGCAACUUCGACAACGUACGUUGUCGCGGUCUCCGCAGCGCAGCAUUCCUCGUGUCCUCAGUCUCCAUAGUAUCGUUGAAGAGCCAUCGCUUCUGCAGAGAUUAGGACAUCACCCCCUAAUUGAGUCUCACUCAGAGAGGGAUGCCUCUGAUAUAGACACGUCCUCCGAUGGGAAAACAACAACACAGAUCAGAAUGCGCUCGACGGCCUCCAUCAUUGUCUCCAUACGGAAGAUGGUCAAGUCGGGAAGACUUGCUAAAGGACGCGUCAUUGAGAAGGUAGCGACCUAUUCUUGGAUAGGAGCUGCGGCCACUCCCAGUAUAAUCACCAAAUCCAACUUGGAGUCCAGAGAAUUGGACCCAAUGGCAACGGCUUCCAGCAGUCUUGACAGAAGCAGCAGCUUGAAGGAGAGGUUUUCAAUGCCCUUUAGGGUCAUCAAGAAGGUCAAACAAUCGAUUGGUAGUAAAAUGGUUUCAGGUCUUGCAAGGAGAGGUUCUUUUGAAGAAAGGGAACAAGAGGAGCGGAACUCAGGGCAACGGUCUGCGGUUGCCGGCGUCAGGUUAUCUGCAUACAUCGAGUCUUGGACCACUGUAUCCUCGUCCUCCAGCUCCGCCGCGUCUGUAACGAUCAUUCCUAGACGCAGUCCGACAAGGAGGCAUUCAGCAGAUGCAAUCCUUGGGCGUGCCCAUACCGCAUUGGCGCCCGUUUUUGCGAUGCCAGUGAUGAGUUCGAGAGAUUCUCUCGGCGUCUCAGCAAAUGACGGACUAUCGCUGAUGGCCGCUGGUGCUACGCUUGCGUCUGCCAGCUUCGUACAAGCUGUCCAAAAGCGAGUGAAGAAGCGGUGUGCUGGACGUUGUCACGACGGGUUACUUCUAACGAAACAAUCGGCUGUGCACGUAGAGGUAGUGUCAUUUUCUGCGUGCGCAGAUGGACAACUGUCAUGGGAGGGCCCACGAGGAACGUCAAUGACACAGGUUCUAAUCGAGUAUCUAAAGCAGAACCCAUCACCGACAUAUAGGAGUCUAUGGACUCAUAUGAACGAUCAUUGGGAUGACACCAUGCGUGUGAUGCGGGACUCAUAUCGCAAAGCGAGGAAGAAGCCGCCAUUUGGCAUGCCCGACUAUCAGUACCCACAGUUCAGCAGCAUGCAGCCACUCGAUCUCGAUGCAGAAUUCACGCUGUAG